CAUUUCCAAAUGCUCCACUAUUUAUUUAUUUAUUUAUUUAUUUAUAUAGAGUAAUACAAUUCUGAAGUUGAUAAUAUCAUCAAUCAAAAUGGCUGCGUUUCACCUAUUCAAGCUCUCUAUCCUCCUCGUCUCUCUCUUCUCCGCCUCCACCUUGACGGCUAACAAGGGCGGCGCCGGCGCCGGCGGCGUUGGGGUAUUUCCUCCGACAUGCGACCGCAUCGAGUGCCCAACCUACGACGUCAUCCACGCCGGAACUGAUUUCGAAAUCCGGCGUUACAAUUCGAGCAUGUGGAUUUCAACCCAGCCAAUUGAUGACAUUUCAUUGGUCGAUGCUGGCAAAAUUGCCUUCUUUCAGCUAUUUGACUACAUCCAGGGCAAAAACGACAACAACGAAAAAAUCGAAAUGACAGCUCCUGUAAUAUCCGAAGUAAAACCGAGCGACGGGCCCUUUUGUGCGUCGUCUUUUGUUGUCAGUUUCUUUGUUCCGACAAAGAACCAAGCCACCGCCCCAUCAGCAAAAGGUCUUAAUCUCCAAAAAUGGGGGCUGACGUAUGUUGCUGUAAGACAAUUCAGCGGUUUCGCAAUGGACGAUGAUGUCGGUCAACAAGCUGCUGCAUUGUACUCCAGCAUCGAAGGGACUGUUUGGUCGGAAGCAAUUGACAAGAGCCACUCCGCGAAAGAUUCCGCCGAGUACAUUGUUGCUCAGUACAAUUCGCCCUUUGAGUUCAAGAACAGAGUCAACGAGAUUUGGUUGACUUUCGAUAUGGAGGCUACGUUUUUAGCUGCAGCAGCAGUUUGAGUAAGCAAAUCCUGAAUUAAAUUCUUGCUAUAUUAUGAAGUGUUGGAUGAAACUAUUUGGCCUGGUAAUUACUUGUAAUUAACUUUGGUAUGCGAACGUUGUUUCGGGUGUUGGUGUAAUUCUUAGGGGAAGUUAUGUGUAAUCUUGACCGCUUGUAAGUGGGCCCCACAAAUAAUGUCCGCAGGAUCGACGGUCAUGAUUCUUUGAGCGGAAUAAGCAUGAUCUUUCUUCUUCAUGUAA